UAAUCUAACACAUUAAAACGUCACGAAAAUAACAUCAGUUGUAUGUUAAUAUUUUACAUUGAAAUAAUAAACAAAAAUUGAUGAUAUAAAGAAAUUUUAGUAUUUGUUCGUAAGAUUUUUUACAGUGUAUUUUCUAGCUGUGCAUAUUUUGAUAAUUAACACAAAUCGUGACAAGUUACUGCCUUGACAUAUCGUUUCUGUUUCUUUGAAUAAUCAGUGGAUAAUAAAACAAUAAUGCGUGCGAUUAGAAUCCUAAUAAUCUGGCUGUCUUAUAAUUAAGUUAUUAGUAGUUGUACUACAUAUUAAGGCAUCGCAUCGCACACAUAUUAGCAUUACAUAUUUAUGCUGGUCUGCGUAGCAUCUCACCGCCACUGGAACAAUUCGCCCUGAUAGACUGAAAUAUUCACUCGUGCAGAUUAAGAACUCGCUCCAAGUUGGAGUUAAACAUUCACUUCUGAGAUUCCGAGUGGUAUUUUCACUACCGCUCUUUGAGUGAAUUUUCUCUUGUUUCGAGUGAUAUCUCGCUUCAAGAAAUUUAGCAAGUAAACUUUGCGCUUUAAGAGAUUCCGUGCGUAAUAGAAAUUUGUUGUUACACGACAGUACGAAAGCGAAUAUAUUAGCGCGUAUCGUAUUUUCUUCUUGUGUCUGCGUGACCCUUUUCAGAAAAGAAACGAGAGAAACGUUGGAGCAGCGUGCGUUUGCAAAAGUAGGUUGUCCGGACGAGGAUUUAGAACGGCACUCGUAUUCUCCGCCUAUAGCCAUUUCGCGCCUUUUAUUCUAGCCGUUUUCCCGAUUUAGAAACACAAAACUGAAAUUCCGGAGUGUACACUGUGUAUGUCGGGAUUUCAGUUUGAUACUCAAAGGUAGCAGGAGGAGGAGGUGGCAAGCGAAUAAAAAAACAUAAAUUGAACACGUCGUUCAAGAAUGCGUAUAGUUUCUGCAAAAAUAUGCUAAUAUUUCUAUUGUCCGCAUGAAAAUGUAUGGUAUUCAUAUACAUAUACAUACACACACAACACAGUUGAAUAACAAUAUAUUUUUACUUUAACAUCACAUUCUUAUAAUUUAAUUUACUUUAUUUAUAUUACAAUAAAAUUUUACAUAUAUUUUGAAUACUUAGGGUAGAUUUUUUAAUAAUAAUUCAAACUUGGAUUUAAGCUUUGUUUAAAUUCAUCAAGCCACAUUGUUUAGAACUUAAAUUUAAGUCUGAGUUUAAUUUGCUGUUGAAAAAUUGUUCCUUAAAGUACACGUAUACAAAGAUUAAGAUUUUUGUCAUUAUUUUUUACUAUCUUUUUCUUACUAAAAUUUUAAUUAAAUUUUAAUUAAAAUUACAAUUUUUAACAUCAUGUAUUUCUAUAACAGCACAGUUUAAAGUACUCUCAUGUAACAGGAUGACGUUAAAUGAGGUAUUAUUGAUGUAAAAGUUGUCAUGAAUGCGUCAUUAAACGUCAUUUAACGUCAUCACGUUUGGAUUUACGAUUCAAAGCGGAAUAAUUUUUGAUCUAGACUCUGAAUUAAUGUCAAAAUAUUUGUGAUCACUUUUGGAUGCAAUAUUGAUUAAUCCCUAUUUUCGUUGAAAUUUUUCCAUUAUUUUCGAGAUAUGGCCGAUACACGUUCUCACGAUUCACGCUGCUAUUGCAGUUUUAUUUGGCGAAUUUUUUCCCGUAGCUACGUUGCAUUUGUUUUCAAAAAACACGCUUGGUUUAUGUAUAUGCGGUUAUACGAAAAAAAAUGUCAUACACACAUGAGUAUCGGUCUACAACCUCGCUUUAAGGUUUAAGUCGUAAGCAACUGACCAAUCACAAUCGAUUAUUCUCGAGACGUAAGGAGAAUAAUUGACUACAAAAAUAUGCAUAUAGACGGACACUAAUGUUGGUAGCAAAGAUACCUUAAGUAAAAUUGAAAAUUUUCCGCGAAAAUACACGGAGAAAAAAGAUUAGUUGAUUCACGGACAGUCAAUCGCAUUUCAGCUAAAGCAGCCAGAAUGUUUGAUUACGACUGAUUUUCGUUGUCUAACCAACUGAAUUCAGUUGUUACAAGCAAACAUUCUAACUGCUUCAGCUGAAAUGCGACUCGCUGUCCGUAAAUUAACCAAUCUUUUUUCCUAUGACAAACUUGAAGCGUCACACAUGCGUCACACAUGCGUCAAACGUAUUAAAUUUCACAUGUGCAACGCCACCGGAGAUGACACACAUGUUUCCCACCGGAGUUUCGUCACUCACUCUUAUACCGUCCCUGUAUCGAUAUCGUCAAACGUAUCGAUUAUCGCGACCGGGGCACGACGACGACGUCAAACGUCAGAUGGACGGAAGAGUCCUCCCGAGAUUAGAAGCUUUCACGUUUCGUCGUUCGCCGACACGAAGAUUUUCUCGAGAGAACGAGCAUCAGGGGAAGUCUGUAAAGACGUAUGAAGCGGCGUAUGACGUGGUUUCCUCGCUCCUCCCGGAGAUUAUCCGAUUUAUGGCAGUUGACAUUGUGGAGAAAGCUCGGCGCGCUCGAAAAGUCGAAGGACUGUCCUUCUUCGCCGACUGUCGAAGACGCGCCGGAGACGCGCUCCUCUGCGUCCUCCUACCACCCUUCGACAGACGAUGGUCCUUCGGAGGACCCUUGCUCACUGAGUCCUUCACCCGAGAAGCAGGAUCCGCCGCCCUGCCCUUGUCCCAAGCCGCCGACUUGUCAUCCUGACUCCGAUCCACGCAGACUCGUACUCUGGCGAACGCUCUCCCUCGUCGUCGCGUUGCCCCUGGUCGUGAUCAUGUCGGCGUACACUUAUGCACGGCAGCUGGAAAGAGCGAAGGAACCGAGACCGCCGUUUCUGAAUCUCCCUUACAUGUAUCGUCGCACUAAGCCGUACCCUUGGGGCGAUGGCAAUCACACGUUGUUCCAUAAUCCCGUGAAAAACGCCAUUCCGCCGCACGGCUACGAAGUCGAGGAUCCGAACGAGAAGUAUCGCAAGAAGACGGACAAUUAGACGGAGUGCGCGAAUACCUUGAUCCUGUUAGUGGCAGCUGGAGAUUACGGACGAGACGAAAAUGACGGCUCGUCUACUCGACACGCGGCAAUCGCUUUAAUUUUUAAUCGGUCCUUGUCGCUCCGCAUAGAAUGAGAGAGAGGGAGAUCGGACGUGAAAUAUUAAAUCCGAACAGAGAGAGAGAGAGAGAGAGAGAGAGAGGGAAGCUGAGAUCCUCGGUCGCAUAAAGUGCUUGCAGCUGCGACGAUAUUUAUUCGCUGGAAAUUAUCACGGAAAUAAUACGGGGAAGUGUUGCGCAUAAAAAUUUUUAUGUACGACAGAUCGCUAUUAAAAUUAUACUGUCUGCUUGAAUGUGUUUACACUGUCUCGAAUAUCUUGUGGAUUGUUAUUUUUUAUAACGAUUGCACAAUCGAAGCAAACGUAGUUCAGUCGUAACGAAUUCGAAUGAAGUUAACCCUUUCGCUACCAACGGGACAUAUAUUUUCCCCACCAUCAAUAAUAAUCUUAUUCGAUUGAAUAAACUGCUUUUUUGGCAUUUAGAACACAUUAUUCUAUUUAUUACUGUUGGGACCGAUACGCUUUCGCAAAAAUUCCAGUGGGACACUGUCCUAUUCCUUUGGCGUUAAAUAUGAAACUUUUAAUGUUUUUGCUAAAACUGUAUUAUAUUCUUUAUGUAUUGAAUGAAGUGAAAGUAAAGAAAAAUUGUACCUUUAAAAAACAAAAUUGAUAGCGAAAGGGUUCAAUGAACGCAACUACAGGAUUAUAUAGGACGAACUAACUGCCUCAAUUCUUUCAGCAACAUUUUCACGUUUUAAUCCCGAGCUUGUGCAAAACAAGUUCGAAAUUUCGUUCAACGGAGCGAUCAUAAUUGUUGACGCGAUACAGUAUUGGUCAUAUAUUGAUAUUUGUUUAACUCUCCAUCAGAGAAUGAUAUCUGAUAGAUGCGCUUUUGGUAGUUGAAAGAACAUCUAUAUCACGCAUACAAUUAUGUGUUAGUUCCAUUAACCUUUUAUCUUUGAACAAAAAUUUUGCAUUUAAAAUUUUUACAUUAGACUGUUGAUCUGAUUCGAUUUUUGUUCGAUUUAUUUGUAAUUAGCGCGACAGAAUAUAUGUAACCUUGAGAUUUAGGUACCUUUUUAUUCGAUAUUUUUUCUCAGUAUACGUAACUACCAGUGAAAGAUUCGAUAAAUGGUGAUUUCGAUAAUGAGAUUUUCGAUGUUUAAAAACGAAGUUUUAGGAAAUCCGUCCUUUGUGAUACACACGCGCACGCGAGCACACACA